AUGUCAACGCCUCAAUCAGUGCAGGCUGGCGUGCAGACCAGCAGCAUCGACGUUAGAAUCAGUGACAAGUCAGAGUUCCAUGGCUUUGUCUCGACACUCGGGGUAGCCCAUUUUCUUGGUGUUCAGUUCGCAAGGAUUCCCGCUCGCUUCCGCCAGGCUGAGCUGGUGCACCCCGCUGGUCAUGAUGGUAGUGUUGAUGCAACCAAGUAUGGACCAAUCUCUCCUCAACCACCUGAUAACUCUCGCGAGUUCCGGCAACACCUCUUCGCUGGUGCACCGGCCGCGAAUCUGAAGCAGUCGGAGUUUGAUUGCCUGCGCUUGAAUAUCUACACGCCUCAGGUGGUGAUUUCAUCUGGAGAGAAAGUCCCUGUUCUUGUAUGGAUUCAUGGAGGUGGAUGGGCAAUCGAAAACGGUAACGCUGACUUUUCUGGCGACUUCUUGGUGCGGCACUCAGUUGAGAACAAAAAGCCCAUCGUGUUUGUCUCCAUCAACUAUCGGUUAGGGCUCUUGGGCUUCCUAUCCUCGUCAGAGCUCUCGGAAGAGGCAGCUCAGUAUGGAGAAGUUGGGUGGGCGAAUCAGGGUCUCCACGACCAACGUCUUGCGCUUCAGUGGGUCCGAAAUUACAUCCACCUUUUUGGCGGUGAUGGCUCCAACGUAACAAUUGCCGGAGAGUCGGCCGGGGCGUGGUCAGUCCUCGCUCAUCUGCGAUCAGACCAGCCACUUUUUCAACGCGCCAUCAUACAAUCGGCCCCAUCCUGGACCAUGAUCCUGCCCGAAGAGGCCGAGUUAAAGUUCAAUAAGCUCCUGCAGUGUGCCGGAGUCCCUCAGGGUGCAACUGUCGAUGAGAAGAUCGCCGCAUUACGGUCAGUUUCAGCCGAGCAGUUAAUCGCAUGGAACGAUCUGUUAAUGUCUCCAAUUUGGGACCCUAAAUGGUUCGUUGGCCAUAGCUCGCCCACGUCACCACUGGACAGCGCAGAGCCCUUUCCCAGCUGGGUACAGGGAAUAGUCGUUGGAACAAUGCGAGAUGAGUUGUCCAUCUUUGGGCUCGAAAGGUUUUGGCAAACGAAGGCAAUGGUUAAGAGCAGCCUGAAUUAUUCUCUAUCGCUCCCUAGCGAUCCUAACUUCAGCACUGAGGUUCUGAACGAAUACGGCAUCCUGGAAGCUGGUUCCGACACGGAAGCACUGCGUGGAUUUAUCAGGGUCGCCACAGAUGCUUGCUUUUCCCGCUUGCCUUACAAUCUCGCCAGGGCCUGUAAUAGCCCUGACUCACCAUACCUGUAUGUCUACCGCUUUGAUCAGGUUGACGAAGAAAGCAACAGUCCCCUCCGAGGAAACGCCUUUCAUGUGCUCGACAACACGUACCUGUGUCGCUAUCCCGCGGUAGCUGGUCCUGCAGCACCACGGUCCUGUCAAGCCACUGCCGACGCCUUCUCCCGGAUGAUAUUGUGCCAUACAUACGGCGAGGCUCCAUGGGAGCCAUACAAUAUUAGGAGGCUUCAGAAUGUGUUUGAUGGAACGGACACUAGACUUGAGGAAGUGCGCCUUGAUGACCAGUGCUGGAGGAAGUUCCUGACCACAGAGGAGAGAGUGAGCAUAUUCGGGAGGUUGUUUGCUGCGCUGAUAAAUAAUGGACCGAAGCACUGA